AUGAAACUCCUGGCCUUCAUAGGGUCUUUGGCCUUGAUUUCCAGUGUUUUAUGUGCAGAUGAUAAGCCAAAAGGUCCAAAAGUAACUGACAAAGUUAUCUUUGAAAUCGAAAUUGGAGGAGAAAAGGCAGGAAAGGUUGAGAUUGGGUUGUUCGGCAAAACUGUACCAAAAACCGUCAAAAACUUUGUUGAAUUGUGCAAGAAACCAGCUGGAGUAAGCUUUAAUUUUUUUUUAAUUUUAGGUAACAAAUUGUUUGAACAUGGAAAAACGACAAACAUUACAUAUUUUCUUUGACUAAAAUCUCAGCUGUAGACGAAAAAAAAAUAUAUACAACCCCUAUUUGAAUGGAAAUACAAAGUUUGCAUUAACGUAUUUUACAUAAUUGUAGGAAGGCUAUGUGAGCAGUGGAUUCCACCGUGUAAUCAAGGACUUCAUGAUCCAAGGCGGUGACUUUACCAAGGGAGAUGGUACUGGUGGCCGGUCCAUCUACGGAGAAAAGUUCGCUGAUGAGAACUUCAAACUGAAGCACUGGGGAGCUGGUUGGUUGAGCAUGGCUAAUGCUGGCAAAGACACCAAUGGAUCUCAAUUCUUCAUCACAGUAAAGAAGACAUCAUGGUUGGAUGGAAGACAUGUUGUGUUUGGAAAGGUUGUUAAGGGAAUGGAUGUGGUUAGGAAGGUGGAGAACACCAAGACCUUGUCUGGAGACCGACCGGAAUCCCCAGUUGUUAUUGUUGGAUGUGAACAUGUUGAAGUUGCCGAACCUUUCCCAGUUGAGAAGGCCGAUGCUCAAGAGUAA